AUGCCGGAGGAGACGCAGCCCCGCGACCAGCCGAUGGAGGAGGAGGAGGUGGAGACGUUCGCCUUCCAGGCCGAGAUCGCGCAGCUCAUGUCGCUGAUCAUCAACACCUUCUACUCGAACAAAGAGAUCUUCCUGCGCGAGCUCAUCUCCAACUCCUCGGACGCGCUCGACAAGAUCCGCUACGAGAGCCUGACGGACCCCAGCAAGCUGGACUCGGGCAAGGAGCUGCACAUCAACCUGAUCCCCAACAAGCAGGACGGCACGCUGACCAUCGUGGACAUGGGCAUCGGCAUGACCAAGGCCGACCUGAUUAACAACCUGGGCACCAUCGCCAAGUCGGGCACCAAGGCCUUCAUGGAAGCGCUGCAGGCCGGGGCCGACAUCUCCAUGAUCGGGCAGUUCGGCGUGGGCUUCUACUCGGCCUACCUGGUCGCUGAGAAGGUGACCGUGAUCACGAAGCACAACGACGACGAGCAGUACGCCUGGGAGUCCUCGGCCGGCGGCUCCUUCACCGUCAGGACCGACACAGGUGAACCUAUGGGUCGUGGAACAAAGGUUAUUCUGCAUCUGAAGGAGGACCAGACUGAGUACUUGGAGGAAAGGAGAAUGAAGGAGAUUGUGAAGAAGCACUCUCAGUUUAUCGGCUAUCCGAUUACUCUGUUUGUGGAGAAAGAGCGAGACAAAGAAGUGAGUGAUGACGAGGCUGAGGAGAAGGAAGAUAAAGAGGAGGAAAAAGAGAAGGAAGAGAAGGAGGCCGACGACAAGCCCGAGAUCGAGGACGUGGGUUCAGAUGAGGAGGAGGAGGAGAAGAAGGACGACGGGGACAAGAAGAAGAAGAAGAAGAUCAAGGAGAAGUACAUCGACCAGGAGGUGCUCAACAAAACCAAGCCGAUCUGGACCAGGAAUCCCGACGACAUCACCAACGAAGAGUAUGGCGAGUUCUACAAGAGCUUGACCAACGACUGGGAAGACCACCUGGCUGUCAAGCAUUUCUCCGUUGAAGGGCAGUUAGAGUUCCGCGCCCUUCUCUUUGUCCCGCGACGGGCUCCCUUUGACCUGUUUGAAAACAGGAAGAAGAAGAACAACAUUAAGCUGUACGUCCGCAGGGUUUUCAUCAUGGAUAACUGUGAGGAGCUGAUCCCAGAGUACCUCAAUUUCAUCAGAGGCGUGGUGGAUUCUGAGGAUCUUCCGCUGAAUAUUUCCCGUGAGAUGUUGCAGCAGAGCAAAAUUUUGAAAGUUAUCAGGAAGAAUUUGGUAAAGAAGUGCCUGGAGCUCUUCACUGAACUGGCAGAGGACAAGGAGAACUACAAAAAGUUUUAUGAGCAGUUCUCCAAGAACAUUAAGCUUGGAAUACAUGAAGAUUCCCAAAACCGGAAGAAGCUUUCAGAGCUGUUGAGAUACUACACGUCUGCCUCUGGUGAUGAGAUGGUGGCCCUCAAGGACUACUGCACCCGGAUGAAGGAGAACCAGAAGCACAUCUACUACAUCACUGGUGAAACCAAGGACCAGGUGGCCAACUCUGCUUUCGUGGAGCGCCUGCGGAAGCACGGCCUGGAGGUGAUCUACAUGAUUGAGCCCAUCGACGAGUACUGUGUGCAGCAGCUCAAGGAAUUUGAGGGGAAGACUUUAGUAUCAGUCACCAAAGAGGGCUUGGAGCUUCCUGAAGAUGAGGAAGAGAAGAAGAAGCAGGAGGAGAAGAAAACCAAGUUUGAAAACCUCUGCAAAAUUAUGAAAGACAUCUUGGAGAAAAAAGUUGAAAAGGUGGUGGUGUCCAACCGCCUGGUCACAUCUCCAUGCUGCAUUGUCACCAGCACAUACGGCUGGACGGCAAACAUGGAGCGAAUCAUGAAGGCGCAGGCCCUGAGGGACAACUCGACCAUGGGCUACAUGGCGGCCAAGAAGCACCUGGAGAUCAACCCUGAUCACUCCAUUAUCGAGACCCUGUGGCAGAAGGUGGAGGCCGACAAGAACGACAAGUCCGUGAAGGAUGUGGUCAUCCUGCUGUACGAGACCGCACUCCUGUCCUCCGGGUUCAGCCUGGAGGACCCCCAGACCCACGCCAACAGGAUCUACAGGAUGAUCAAGCUCGGCCUGGGUAUUGAUGAAGACGACCCCACUGCUGACGACACGAGUGCCACGGUCACUGAGGAGAUGCCCCCACUGGAGGGCGACGACGACACGUCACGCAUGGAAGAGGUCGACUGA